AAAAAAAAAAAAGACAGCGACUGCGAAUUACUUCCAGAGAAAGUGGGUGGAUGUUGUGCAGCAGCGACCUGGGAUUUUAGGGGAUGCACCCUUACAUUUUGCUUCUCUCUAGUCCGAGCCUCCCUUCUCCGGGGGCAGAAAGCGGCUGUACUUGGCAGUAACAAAACAGAAGGAGGAAUAAGCAAGGGGAUUUCGCUCAGCAGUGCUCGCAGUGUCCUACUGAUCUGCUUCAAGGAUUUUUUUUUUUCUUUUCCUGUUGGAUGUUGUUUUCUUGACCUUGAUUUUGAGACGUCUUAGUUGCAUCGCAGUUUUUGUGGUUUUAUUUCCUUCGGUGAAAAGUGGAAAGGGGGAGGCUGGCUUCGGUGCUGAAAGUUGCAAUCGUUAUUAUUUUGGAGCCAGCAUGUGCACCAACAUAGUCUACGAGUGGCUGAAGACCCUGCAGCUACCCCAGUACGCGGAAUCCUUCGUCGAUAAUGGCUACGACGACCUGGAGGUCUGCAAGCAGAUCGGCGACCCGGACCUGGAUGCCAUCGGCGUGGCCGUGCCCCACCACAGGCGCCGAAUCCACGAAGCCGUGCGGCGGCUGAAGGAGGCGGACGAGACGGCGGCGGGGCUGUACUUCACGCUGGAGCCGCAGCCGCCGCCGCGGCCGGCGCCCCCCGCGGCCGGGCUGCCCCCGCCGGGCGGGAGGUCCGGAGGAGCCCCGGCGGGGGCGGCUCCCCCGGCCCGGCCCGGCGGACGGCGUGGGGGAACCUGCGGCGAGGGGCUGACCGCCUACCCCAGGCUGAAGCUGAAGAUCAUGAUACGGGACAAGCUCAUCCGCGACGGCAUCAACCUGAGUAAACCCCCCUACUCCAACAAGGAUGGAUCACUGGGAAAUAUUGAUGAUCUGGCACAGCAGUAUGCAGACUACUAUAACACCUGCUUCACAGAUGUAUGUGAGAGGAUGGAAGAGCUGCGCAAGCGGAGGGUCUCCCAAGACCUUGACUUGGAGAAACCUGAUGUGAGUCCUACAUCUCUACAGCUGCGAUCCCAGAUUGAGGAGUCACUUGGUCUCAGCAGCACAGCAUCAACACCCGACACUGAAAGAAAGCUCUCCAUUCAUAAAUCAAGCUCGGAAGAAGGCUCUGUAGGGAAAGCAGACUGGAAAAAGAAAAAUAAGUUUUUUUGGCAGAAUUUCCGAAAGAACCAGAAAGGACUAAUGAGGCAGACUUCGAAAGGAGAGGAUGUAGGGUAUGUGGCCAGUGAGAUCACGAUGAGUGAUGAGGAACGGAUCCAACUGAUGAUGAUGGUCAAAGAGAAGAUGAUCACCAUCGAGGAAGCACUUGCUAGGCUGAAGGAGUAUGAAGCCCAGCACAGGCAAUCCAGUAAUGUAGAUCCUGCAGAAUGGCCUGAUGGUUCUUACUCAACAUUUGAUGGCUCUUCCAAUUGUAAUUCAAGAGAACAAUCCGAUGAUGAAACAGAGGAAUCGGUGAAGUUUAAGAGGUUGCACAAGCUGGUGAAUUCUACUCGCAGAGUCAGGAAGAAACUCAUAAGAGUUGAAGAAAUGAAAAAACCCAGCACAGAAGGUGUGGAAGAGCACUCACUUGACAACUCUCCUAUAGUGGAUGACAGAUCAGCACUUUACUCUGGAGUUCACAAGAAGCAAUUCUACUUUGACAGCUCCUGUGAAAAGCAGCCAGAGGACGACUCGGACUCACUUACUACUUCUCCCUCAUCCAGCAGUCUUGAUAUGUGGGGAGCUAACCGGAAGCUGGUGAAGACCUUCAGCAAAACUGAUAGCCGUGGCCUUAUCAAGCCUCCCAAGAAACUUGGGACAUUUUUCUCUUACCCAGAAGAGGAGAAGUCCCAGAAAGUUUGCCGCUCCUUGACAGAUGGAGAAAUGAAGAAGAGCCUUGGCUCGCUGAGCCAUGGGGUAAGUACAGAAAGCAUUUGCUUUUAUGACAGCAACAGGCACAAGCACCAUCUUCUGGUGUCCCUGGAGGAGAUUCAGAGUGUAAGGAAGCAGAUCCGAUUGAAGAAAAUGGAUACUAACUAUUCCUGUUCCAGAGCUUUUCUUUGCCAGCGCCCUGCUAGGAAAGGAGUAUCCCCCACACCUUGCGACCUGCAAUUGCUGCGGCACAAAACGAAAGGGGGUGGAGGUUGUGGCUUCCCAAACAGAAGGCUACGAGGCCGCACUUCUGUCAGCGAGUUCAAUAUUACCUAUGUGGUGGAGAGAAGCCUGUACAGUCACCUCAACCUCUCACAGCUGGUGCGUCCCGUUACUGACAGGACCCUGAGCAAGGCCGACAAGCAGGACCUGAGGAGAUGCCUGCUGGAGGAGGAUGAGGAGGCCAAGAGGAAGUGGGCUGCCACAGUGGAUCGCUGUACUAAAAGGGUUCUCUUGAGAAUCCACCAAAAGUCUAGAACCUGUAGCUUUGGAGGAUUUGACUUGACAAAUCGUUCCCUUCAUAUUGGAAACAGUUCUGACCAAAUGGGCAAAGAAGGAGACUUUGUUUAUAAAGAAGUGAUUAAAUCACCCUCUGCUUCCCGUAUAUCUCUGGGUAAAAAGGUGAAGUCUGUAAAAGAAACCAUGAAGAAAAGGAUGUCUAAAAAAUACAGCAGCUCUCUAUCUGAACAGGAGUCCAGCCCUGGGGUCAUGCCAGGUUCUCCGCAGUCGCCACCACCAGACAGCGACUCCCUGGACAAACCCAAGCUGAAAGCCGGUGGCUCAGUAGAGAGCCUGAGGAGUUCCUUAAGCGGUCAGAGCUCAAUGAGUGGUCAGACAGUGAGCACAACAGAUUCCUCGACCAGCAACAGGGAGAGUGUGAAAUCAGAAGACGGUGAUGAUGAAGAGCCUCCUUACAGAGGACCUUUUUGUGGAAGAGCCAGGGUUCACACUGAUUUUACUCCAAGUCCUUAUGAUACAGAUUCUCUGAAGCUCAAGAAGGGUGACAUCAUUGAUAUAAUCAGCAAACCCCCCAUGGGCACUUGGAUGGGCCUGUUGAACAACAAAGUUGGCACUUUCAAAUUUAUCUAUGUGGACGUGUUAAAUGAAGAGGAAGAGAAGCCGAAGCGGCCCACCAGGAGGCGUCGAAAAAGCAGACCACCCCAGCCCAAGUCAGUUGAGGAUCUCUUGGAUCGCAUCAACUUAAAGGAGCAUAUGCCCACUUUUCUAUUCAAUGGUUAUGAAGAUCUGGAUACCUUUAAGCUUUUAGAAGAAGAAGAUUUGGACGAACUGAACAUUCGAGAUCCUGAGCACAGAGCUGUUCUUCUCACAGCAGUGGAACUUCUACAGGAAUAUGAUAGUAACAGCGACCAGUCAGGAUCUCAGGAGAAACUUCUCAUUGAAGGCCAAGGCCUAACCGGAUGCUCUCCUCGGGAUUCUGGCUGCUACGAGAGCAGUGAAAACCUGGAGAAUGGUAAAACUCGAAGAACCUGUCUUCUGCCCUCAAAAUCAGCAAGUGACCAUAGCUUUAAGGAUUUCAGCAAAAACCAGCUAUCAAAUUAUCCCACGCUUCCACUGACCAAGUCAAUAGAAACUCUACAGCAUGGGGAAAAAGGGUUGGGUUGUGCACAUCAUGCUCUGAAGAGCUCUGUCCAACCUCCAGCCACCACAGGUCUGAAGAAGAACCGCAGAAGUUUACCGGUUGCCGUCUGUCGGAGCUAUGAAACUCUGGAUGGACCUCAGGAUGUAGAUACGUGGCCAAGAUCCCACUCACUGGAUGAUCUCCAGGGAGAAUCCAAUGCUAACCUACAGGACACUAGCAAGCAAGUAGGGUCUUUUCCUCAGGAUUCACUGGAUAUAGCAAAAAAGGCAACUGGCUCUGCCCUGCCGCCUCGCCCUCGUGGAGGCAGCUGUGUGGUAGAUGACUUCAUGGCUAAGCAGGGUAAGGGAGCUGCUAGUUCUCAGAAGGGAAGAGCUAAGGAAUUGGACUGCUCUAUAAUGGAAACUGCAGGUGGAAAGCCUCCUCCAUUCCCCCUGAAAAACUAUGAAGCUCAGCCUGCCUUAGUGAUGCAUCAUGCCGCUGAAAAUACAAGGAUGCCUCUGGAAAUACAAAGUAAAGGCUUUCAUGACCUUGCACGGGCUGAUUAUGCUCCAGUCCUCAAGGGAGGUCUAGAAGCUGAGCAAAAAGGCACAAAUGAGGCAAGAAUGCAACCAAAAAAUCCGUCUCAACCGCCACCUGUCCCUGCCAAAAAAUGCCGAGAACGCCUUUCUAAUGGAUUAUACCAUCCUCCCAUGACCACAAGUGGGAACCACUCAAGUCUAGAAGCACCAUGUUUGCCAGUAAAAAAGACCAGCUCAUCCAGUCCCAUUGAUUGUCAUGGAGUACCUGUCCAUAGGACAUCCUCUGAACAUGAGCCCAGUACCCCUCCUAGCCCACUGCCACCUUGGCUGUCGGAGCUCCCAGAGACUGCUAGUGUUCAGCAGCAUGUGGUAAAGCUAGGUCCUGCUUCAGCGAGGAAAGUCUCUUGUAGCAGGGGAAUGGAUCUGGAAAUGGUGAUAGAAAACAAGUUGCAGUCUGAAGACAUUGAUCUUACUGAAGAACCGUACUCAGACAAGCAUGGUCGCUGUGGCAUUCCUGAGGCUUUGGUACAGAGGUACUCUGAAGACUUGGAGCAGCCUGAAAAGGAUGUUGCCACAAAUCUGGACCAAAUCCGGGUUAAGCAGCUGAGGAAGCAGCAUCGCAUGGCAAUUCCAAGUGGAGGACUCACUGAAAUUUGCCGUAAACCUAUAUCCCCAGGACUCAUCACCUCUGUAUCUGACUGGCUGAUUUCCAUUGGUCUGCCUAUGUAUUCCAGCCUGCUCACAGAAGCAGGAUUCAACACACUGAGCAAAGUGCCUUCUCUGUCACAAACUUGCCUUCAAAAAGCUGGCAUCACAGAGGAAAGGCACAUAAGCAAGCUCCUGGCAGCAGCAAGACUCUUAAAACCUCUUGAUCCGGAGGCAAUUUUACAUGCUCCAUAGUGUGACAUUGCCUGCUUGAGAAUUCACUGCUUCUUCCUGCACCAGUAUUGCUCUAAUUACUUCACAUAGCUAAAGGGAUCAAGGAAGUGGCUCCCAAGGACAGGCAGAUAUCUUCUUCAGAUGAUAUGAAAGUCUUUGGCAACUGAAGGAGAAGAGAAGCAACCACCAGGUAACACAGAUGUGGUACUUCACUCCCCCGUCACUCCCAUCUAAAGUAUUCUUAUUUCAUAAAAUGCACAGGGUUGUCCUGAGAACCAGACAGCUUCACAGAAUUAGGGACCCUUGCACAUUUUCCUCAAGUUUGUGAUAGUGAUACUAGUAAGAGGUCUCCUGUACAUCUAGGUUCCAGGUACAGGCCGAGGCGCAAAUUCCAGUAGAAGCUGUUUGGCAAAUGCCUUUUGUUUAUUUUAGUCUAGAACUAAACACAAAGCCCUCCCCGGUCAUCUUUGCUGUUGCUUGGUAGUGUUCCCAAUAUGCCACACAGCCUUUAGCUAGGCCAAAGUUAAUGGACUGGAAUUAGUUUUCAGCGUGGUCCAUCUCUGUCACUCCAAUGCAACUAACCCAUGGAGAGUCAGAAAGCUUCUUUUUAUUUGUACAGAGCUGAGGUCAUUUUUAUAACUGCUUUCUAGCAAUCAGCUUUUUAUUUGCCUUAAAAUAAGCUUUUAAGCAGUUACCUAGUGUUCACUUACCCAUAUUCACAUUUCCCAAGCCUAGUUUCCACCUGUCACCCUUAAGUUACACUUAGGGUGAUUUCCAGCUGAAGUAGCUUCUAUAAAAUGCCUCAUCAUAACACCUUCUGUGUUGUAGAGAUGCUUUUACAAAUGCAGGGUUAUGCUAGGUUUUGAUUGUCAGGUUAACUUCUUGUUCACUACCGUCUGCAUUUAAUGUUGUUACUAAACUGUUCCAAGAUAUACUGCCUUGUAUAUAUGUAACUGCUUUUCAUUUUAAUCAUAUUCUGUGUACUGUGUUUUAUUGUCAAUCAUUAUGCUGCAGCUUUGACUUGGUAUCCUGACCAUAUUGAUUCCAAACAGUGGAUUUCUGCAAAUGAAAAAUCGCUUGCAUUGAAAAAGCAAAUUGCGUCCCACAGAAAUCAUCAAAUCCAGUAAUGCCAUUGCAUGGACAAAAAAGAUUCUAUUAUAGUCUCAUGAAUGACACUGUGAUUUUCAGAACAGUUGAUACCCAUCCUGAGUGCAUUAAUGUUACCUCUCACUAAAAGAGAGCACUGUUCUGGCAAAUGUGGUGAACCAUUUUUCCAUGAUGUAAUAUUUUUCUGCCUAAAUCCAUGUGAAAUUUCCCAGUCGCCCAUCUGGCUAAUGACAAAUUUUAUUUUUCUAUAUUGGGUACACAUUUUAUAUACCAAAUACAGAUUAUCAUGAAUAGCACAUAACCAGCUUAUCCUUUGGGGUCUAUAUGUAGUGUGUCCUUCAGCUUCUUGUAAUACAAAUACUCCAUGGAAGGCAGAGCAAGCUUACUCUGGCAGGUAAAGGGGAGGUAGUGUAGAAACCUGGGCACAGGGCAGCAUGUGUGACUAUUUCCAAUAUCAGUUCUGAUGUCAAUUUACUGUAUAAAACCAGACAAGGCACUUUGCUAUUUGGUGCCUCAGUUAUCCCAGCUUCAUACUGAGCUAAUGAUUUCUCCUCAUAAAAUGCUCUCGGAUUGAUGCAUGAAAAAUUAUGUUUACUCCUUAAGGAUUCCUUACUAUAUCUGAUCCUUUCAUAGUCAUGUUUUAAGUCACACGAAUAUGCAUUUGACUACAGAUGAUAACUGAUUUGGCUCCUGGUAGAAUUGAAAAGGUAUUAGGUUUACUUUCCUCAUUUUGUAUUUCACCGCUGUCUACUUCAAACCAUCAUAUGAAGGCAACUAAUUCACUGAUGUAACUCGAGAUUACUCUCAAGUCAAUCUCUGUAAUGAUCUCCUUAUUGUGUGGAUAAUCAACAUGUUCUAGUAUGACAGCAUCAGGAAACAUACAGCCAGUGGUGUUUUGUACAGUUGGUGAAAAUCUGGUGUGGCCUCACCUUGAGUACUGUGUGAAAUGUUGGGCACCACAGUUUAAAAAGACAUGAAGCUAUUAGGGACCAUCCAAAGGAGGGCCACAAGAAUGGUGAAGGGUCUGGUGGGGAAGCCUUAUGAGGAGCAACUGAGUUCACUUGGUCUGUUCAAUCUGGAGGAGACUGAGGGGAGACCUCAUUGGUGGUCUUCAGUAUCCUCACAAGGGGAAGUGAAGGGGCAGGUACCAAUCUCUUCACUCUCAUGGCCACUGACAGGACUCGAGGAAACAGAAUGAAGCUGAGUCAGCGGAAGUUUAGGCUGGAUAUCAGGAAAAGGUUUUUCACCCAAAGGGUGGUUGGGCACUGGAACAGGCUCCCCAGGGAAGUGGUCACAGCACCAAGCCUGACAGAGUUCAAGAAGCAUUUGGACAAUGCUCUCAGGGACAUGGUGUGAUUCUUGUGGUGUCCUGUGCAGGGCCAGGAGUUGGACUCAAUGAUCCUGAUGGGUCCCUUCCAACUCUCAAUAUUCUAUGAUUCUUAAAAAAAAAGAAAAAAUGAAGUGUUUUUUAAAUAAUGAUAAUUUGUCUGUUGUUGGUCUCUGAGGCUUACAUGGCGACUAUCAGCAAGCAGGAAAUGGAAAGAGUAUUGAGACUUCCUGGGAUUGCUGGCAGGGAUGAGAACAGAGUAGAAUUAAGUAGACAGCAGCUAUAUUGGAGCAAGAGAAAAGUCCAAGCUGGCUAUAGGCAACAAAACAGAACAAAAAAAAAAAACAAAAAAAAGGAAACAAAUUUCCUUAUGUUGCAGGGAAGGCAAGUUGUAUAGUAAAGCUCUUCCAUAUUAAUUACUUUUCCUGCUCUUAUUAACAGAAGGAGAAUUAUGAGAAUAAUCUGAACCUGUGUGCCAAACACUCCUGGUAAAUCCAUAGAUUAUGUGACCCAGGGAAACCAAAUCACACCCAUCACGUCUAGAGUGAGCAGUUUGAGAUUUUUGAGUUUUAGUUAUUAUUUUGUUUUCUUUUAAAGACUAUGCUUUGUGGUCUCAUUUGAAUUACAAUUUUAGUUUAUGUUUUAAUCUAAAAAAAAGCCUUAAGCUUCUCAGUGUUUGAGCUUCCCUGCUGUGGUUUCAGUGAUCUGUGGCAUUCCCCAAGCAAGUGAGAUGGUGUGUGGUAUGAGAGCCAUAGCCACUUGCAUCUUCUUGCAGUCAUUCAGUGCUCUAAGCAACAGCUCACUCAUUAACUCUUGGGAAGCACGGAAGAAACCUGCUGCUGGAAUCUUCUCUGCUCUGCUCAGGCUAACAACGUUACGUAUCUAUCCACUGUAUCUUAGUAACUCAAACAGCUAUUUAACAAUAGAAGCAGCAAAUCCAAAAUAUUACUAAAUGUCACCGUAACCAUAAGCUUUGAUCAAUAACCCACUGUUGUUACCCAGGUGGCAAUGCUCUCAUACAAGCCUGGCUUUGGAUGCAAACUGGGAGCAUGAUUAGAAGCCUUAAACAUUGCAAACCUGCAAACAGGUCAUCAUCUCUAAGAGCAGUAAUAGUGGUCGAUUCACCAAGUCACAGCUGUGCAGUUGUACUGUAUUAUUUUUAGAAUAAAUAAUACUUUCGGUCCAAGAUACUUUUAUCAUUAAUUGACACCCUGUGGGGAAUCAAAACUGUUGAGCAAGUUAUGUAACAACUAACAAAGUUGCACUUUCUGUAUAUGAAAUCAAUAUUUAAAUAACUUAUUUUUCUCCAUUUGCUGUUCUUAAAUGAUGUAAGUAGCUGUAAUAUACCAGUACUCAAUAUGUCCUGCAGUUUGCUUCAAUCCAAGAAAGCUGUGUAUUGUAAAGGAAAAAAAAAGAAAAAACAAAUUAUGAAUGUGUAAAGAUUAUUGUGCUGUUUCAUUUAGCAAAAAAAAUGGUUGACAAAAGGGUUUUCCUGUGUAUCAAAACUUGUCUAUAAUUAUAUGUCAUACUGUUCAUAGAUAAAAAGUAAAUAAAUUUCCUUGGUCUCUCUC